UAUAGAUAAAACGUUCUAACUUUAUUUCUGUUUUUCUAAUCAUUGUAAUUAACUCAUGGCGGAACCUUCGCGGUUCAAGCGGAAACAAACCGCGGAAGAGGAAAAAAAAAUGUUCCGGAGUGCCAAGCACCCGGACAGGAUUAACGGUGACACCAGCUGGGUACAUGUGAGUGACCGUGUUGUCGUGGAAACGGAUCUGAUGCAGCGGCUGUACGUCGGCGGGUUGAGCCACACGGUCACCCAGAAGGAUCUGAAGGAUCGAUUCGGAAAGUUUGGAGAAGUGAAGGAUGUGGAGCUCCGGACCAGGAGGGACGACGAGGGUGUUCCUUACAAAACCUUCAGCUACAUUAACAUCAACAUUUCAGACGCUGACCUGAAGAAAUGCAUGACGGUGCUGAACAAGUCUAAAUGGAAAGGAGGAACUCUGCAGAUUGAAACAGCCAAGGAGAGUUUCCUGCACAGACUGACUGCUGAACGUCAGGAGGCAGCAGAACAGCGUCUCCAGCAGCCUGCAGCUGAGGACAAGAGACAGAAGAUGUUGAACUCCCUGAGCAAGGCUGGCGUGGAGAACUUCACCAUGAAGGCUGCGGUGCCAGGAACUGAAAUACCAGGACACAAGGACUGGGUGGUUAGUAAAUUCGGACGAGUUCUCCCCGUCCUUCAGCUCCGCUGUCAGAAAGGCAGCAGAGCUCGAACCCUGAAGUACGACCCGUCCAAAUACAGCCACAACAUCCGCAAACUGGACCGCUCCACCACCGAGGACGAGCCCACUCCCAUCUCCCAGCUCACCUGGGAGUUAGAGGGAGGGGAUGAUGACAUCAGCAAGAAGAGGCGGGGAGAGUUUCCUCCGUUUGAGCCAUCAAGACCCAAGAAGAGUCGAACAGACGUGCUCAACUCCCAUAAUACCGUGGGCAGAAGCAGAUCUAAGCAGAACGUUGAGUCUGUCGAUCAGACUGAGACUGGCCAGUUCACCAACGGAUAUGAACAACCAGCCAGCCACAGACUGACUCAGAGGAGGGGGGCGGUGUUCGACAAUGAUAUCGAUUCGGACGAGGAAAUCCGCAGAAUGGUCACGGCUCAAAGCACCUCCCACGCUGCACUGCGGCAGGAAGUAGACGAUGAUAACCUGGAAGUGGUCGGACUCGACUACUUGGUGAAGUCCGGACGCUCCCGUCUGCAGCAGAAAGGUCCAGAUGACGAAGAAGAGAACAACUACGACUCCGCAGACACAGAUGAACUCCUCGCCUCUAGGAAACCUCCUCCACUGCCACCUCAGGAGAGACUGACUCUGUCCACUGCAGAACAGCCUUCAAGAAACGGCACUGACAAGAAGAGGAAGACAAAGAAGAAGAGUAAAGCUGGAGAGGAAGAAGAUGAUUCAGCAGAUGAUGAAGAUCACCUCACCUCCAGGAAACCCUCUUCCACACAGCACAUAGAGGAUUCUAGUAAACAGAGUAAAAGUAAGAAGAUGGCAGCCCCUCCUGUGCUAAAACCUCCUGUCCAAGAAUCAUCAUCAGAUAGUGAUGACGGAGAUGAUGAGGAUGAAGAGGAGGAUGAAGAGGAGGAGGAGGAAUCAGUCGAUUCAAGUUCAGAUUCUGAUUAUGAAGCCAUGUUUUCUAACGUCACCCGUCUGGAGAUCUCCCUGGCUGAUCUACAGAGGCUGGCUGAAGUAUCCCAGCAAACUACAGAUCCCAGCACCCCCAGCGCCUCCUCUGAACGAGACACGCCGAGACGUCCUGCCAAGAAAGGCACCACGCCAGAAGAGAUCCUCGCCUCCCUCAUGGACGAGGACAGCAGCGAGGACGAACCGAAGAAGAAGAAAAAGAAGAAAAGAAAAGCCGCCGUGUCAGCGCCGCUGCCCGCCUUCCGGGGAAUGGGAGCGCUGAACGAGGGAUCAGAAGGAGAGGAGGAGGAGGAGGAGGAGGAGGAACGAGGGAGUGAAGUGAAAAAACAGAAGCUGGAGUCUGAAGCUCCUCAACUGAACCAGAGAGCAAAGCACAUGGAAACAGAGAAGAAGACAUCAGAGAGCAGUGAGGACGAGGAGGAAGAAGAAGAAGAAGAAGAGGACAGGGUUGCUACAAAAGUUUUAAAAGUGGUUCCAACUAAAGCUGCAGUAAACACAAAGAAAGCUGAGACUAGUUCCUCCUCUAGCAGCGGUGAUGAGGAGGAAGAGGAGGAGGAGGAGGAGAGUUCGAAGGUCACUCACACAGUUCUUACAGCUAAGGUUGCAGCAUCAUCAUCCUCCAGCUCCUCGGCUGAUGAGGAUGAGGACGAGCUCAUUUCUGACAGAGUUGCUGUGAAAGCAGCACCUCCUCCUGCUCCUGACAGCGAGUCUUCCACCUCCUCCAGCCAGGAAGAGGAGGAAAAGCAGGCUCCUCCUCGGGCACCAUUAGGAGCUAAGGAGGAAGAGGAGCGUCAGAGGAAGGCCAACAUGAGGAGGCUGGCUGCCGUCCAGCAGAGGCAGAAAGAGGCUGAAGAACACAAGAAGCUGAUCCAGGGAGCUCUCGCCAAGCUGGAUGCUCCGACAGCAGGAGCAGGAAAACACAUCGUCUUUGGCUCUGAUGAUGACGAUGAUGAGGACGAUCAAGAUAAGCAGCAGACGACCUCGGAGGUCACGGCGUCGACGAAGGCGCUGUUCGAGGACAGCCAAUCAGAAGACGAGACCACGGUCAAAGAUAAUGACACGGUAAAAGAAAAGCUGUCUGUUCCUCAGCUUUUCAGCGGCAGUGAAGAUGAGGAGGAUGGUGAUGAAGAUGACAGCAGGUUUGACAUCAGGCCUCAGUUUGAAGGUCGAGCAGGACAGAAGCUGAUGGAGCUGCAGUCUCGCUUCGGGAGAGACGAGCGUUUCCGAAUGGACUCUCGCUUCCUGGAGGAGGAUGAGGACAAAGACGAGGAGUCAGAGAAAAAGAGGAGCGUCACAGAGGAAGACGAGUCCCUGGAGGAUGAGAGGAAGAAGAACCUGUCCAUCCUGCAGAGUGUCCUCGGCAGCAGCCAACAAACCUGCAGCAGCAAGGCGGCCGCCAAGGGCAAGACCUUCAGAGACAUCUCAGCGCUGCAUUACGACCCCAGCAGAGAGGAACACGCUGCGUUUGAGACCAAAACCGAUAAAACCAAAGAAAGCAAGUCAGCCAGGAGGAAGAAGAGGGAGGAGGCUCAGAAACUUCCGGAGGUUUCUAAGGAGAUUUACUACGAUGUGUCCGGCGACCUGAAGGCCGUGUUUGGUCGGACGAAGGAGGACAACGCUGAAGAAGAACAAAAGGCAAACUGGGACCAAGAUGAGGAAGAGGAGGAAGAAACAAAGGAUGAACAGCCGACCCUGCUGUCAUCACUCCUCUCAGUCGAUCCCAGCACAGAGAAAGAGGAAUCGUCUGGAUUUAAAUUCUCCUUCUUUGGCGACGACACCGAAACAGAAAAUAAAGAGACAGAGUACAAGGUAGAGAGCAUCCAAGCGCCAAAGGUGUCAUGGCAACAAGACCCACGUUUCCAUGACAGCAGCUCAGAGGAGGAUGAGGAAGAGCAGGAGGAAAAUGAGGAGCAAAGUAACGCUGUCGCUAUAACCACACAAGAGGAGACUCCGUCAAAGGCAGAUCUAUUCUUCUUCUUCCCUGAAGACAGCAGAUUGACAGAGGGGCCCAGGUUCUUCUGUCGUUCCUCUCACCUGGAGGAGCAAAGGGAGCAGUGGGAGGAGAGGAGGAGCGCGCUCAGACAGGAGUACCGCAAGAAACACAAGGAUGCCAGGAGGAAGCUGAAGUCCUCCCAGAAGAGCUGAGGAUCAUGGGAUCACAUCGAGUGAACGUUCCAGAUUAUCAAAGAGUCAGAUUUAUAUUUUGUUCAUUUAUAUUUCGUGGUCAGAGCUUCCUGUUGGAAGUGAAUCCGGUUUGGGGUUUUUUUUUUUUUUUUUUUUGGUUGCCCUGGAAACGAUGCUGCAAAUUAAGUUGUGUACAGUCAGCAGCAGCAGCCAAUAAAAACAUUUGUUUUAUCA